GGUCUUGGUCUUGGUUCUGGUUCUGGUCUUGGUCUUGGUUCUGGUGCUGGUUCUGGUCUUGGUUCUGGUUCUCAUUCUGGUCUUGGUUCUGGUUCUGGUUCUGGUCUUGGUCUUGGUUCUGGUUCUGGUCUUGGUUCUUGUUCUGGUCUUGGUCUUGGUUCUGGUUCUGGUCUUGGUCUUGGUUCUGGUCUUGGUUCUGGUUCUGGUCUUGGUUCUGGUUCUGGUCUUGGUUCUGGUUCUGGUCUUGGUCUUGGUCUUGGUUCUGGUUCUGGUCUUGGUUCUGGUUCUGGUUCUGGUCUUGGUUCUGGUUCUGGUCUUGAUCUUGGUCUUGGUUCUGGUUCUGGUUCUGGUCUUGGUUCUUGUUCUGGUCUUGAUCUUGGUCUUGGUUCUGGUUCUGGUCUUGGUUCUGGUUCUGGUUCUGGUCUUGGUCUUGGUUCUGGUUCUGGUCUUGGUUCUGGUUCUGGUCUUGGUCUUGGUCUUGGUUCUGGUUCUGGUCUUGGUCUUGGUUCUGGUCUUGGUUCUGGUUCUGGUUCUGGUCAUGGUUCUGGUUCUGGUUCUGGUCUUGGUUCUGGUCGUCUUGGUUCUGGUUCUAGUUCUGGUCUUGGUUCUGGUUCUGGUUCUGGUCUUGAUCUUGGUCUUGGUUCUGGUUCUGGUCUUGGUUCUGGUUCUGGUUCUGGUCUUGGUUCUGGUUCUGGGUCUGGUUCUGGUCUUGGUUCUGGUUCUAGUUCUGGUCUUGGUUCUGGUUCUGGUCUUGAUCUUGGUCUUGGUUCUGGUUCUGGUCUUGGUUCUGGUUCUGGUCUUGGUCUUGGUUCUGGUUCUGGUCUUGGUUCUGGUUCUGGUCUUGGUCUUGGUCUUGGUUCUGGUUCUGGUCUUGGUUCUGGUCUUGGUUCUGGUUCUGGUUCUGGUCAUGGUUCUGGUUCUGGUUCUGGUCUUGGUUCUGGUCUUGGUUCUGGUUCUGGUCUUGGUCUUGGUUCUGGUUCUGGUCUUGGUCUUGGUUCUAGUUCUGGUUCUGGUUCUGGUCUUGGUCUUGGUACUGGUUCUGGUUCUGGUCUUGGUCUUGAUUCUGGUUCUGGUUCUGGUCUUGGUUCUGGUUCUGGUCUUGGUUCUGGUUCUGGUUCUGGUCUUGGUCUUGGUUCUGGUUCUGGUUCUGGUCUUGGUCUUGGUUCUGGUUCUGGUCUUGGUCUUGGUCUUAUCCUCAAAAGGUUAUACAGCUGCACCAUCGAGAGCAUCUUGACUGGUUGGCAACUGCUUGCCUCCGACCGCAAGGGUAGUGUGUACGGCCAGUACAUCACUGGGGCCAAGCCUUGCGCCAUCCAGGACCUCUAA